UUUGAUUUUAGUUUAUUUAUUUCGGCUGAUGUUUGGCUGUUCAGUUGAUUUAAGGUUUAUAAUCAACUUUUGAUCCUAUUUUGUUUUUAGUUAUUCGCUCUUACGAUCUUAAUAAGUUUUAUAAUGAAUAAUAAAGCCGAACUAAUGUCUAAGGGUGCAAGUUCCGAUUCAGUUUUAAUUAACGAAAUUACUCUUGCAACCGGUAACCUUUAUAAAUACAAACACCUUCUAAUUAAUCCCAAAUGUUGGCAUCAAUUUGUGAUCAACAAUACUGGUGAUUUAACGAGAGAUGAAAUUUUAGAAACUAUAUUAGAUCAUAUUCAUCCUUGCGAUUUAAUUCCAGUUUUCUUUUCAAAAGACAGUCUGAGCUCUAAUUCGUACUUUCUGGCUCGAAACUGUGAAGCUGCCGUUCAAAAGAUAUGCAAAGAUAAUUUGACCAUUGAUCAUCCGUACAACAAGAUUGCAGGAGCAAACACGUACAAACCGUUCAAAAUAAAUAUAGUAUUAAACUUUUCGAAUACAAAUGAGGUAAAAAUUGAUGUUCAGAAAAAUGUGUUGAUCGUUUUACAAAAGCGUAUGAAUAUACCCGAAAAGGUGCUCGAUUUGGACAGAUUUGCAAAAGAUAAAGAUUUAACAGAGUACUGUCCGCUCUCUCAACCAAAGAUUAUGUAUUUUGUUUUACAUAUCUCCAAGACGUUAUCACCUGAGGAGCUUAUUUUAUCAAACAAUAAUAUUAAAAUAUGUAGUCCUCUCGAGGUUCUCUUUGGUAUGAAACUGAAGAGAAUAGAUCUGAGUAAUAAUGAAAUUAAGUCAUUUGAUGAUUUGAUGUCGUUGAAACAUUUUAAUAUUAAAGAACUGAAGUUGAGCGGCAAUCCCUUAUGCAAUUGCGAUGAGAGCGAAUAUAUUUCCAAAGCUAAAGAAAUUUGUCCAGGAAUUGAAUUUUUGGAUGGUAUGCCUUUAUCUAGGGGAAAAUUACCGAUGACAAAAAGAAACUACCUUUGCGACGAUAAUAGCUUUGACCUGGUCAACCAAUUUUUGGAGUAUUUUUUUACUGUGUAUGAUUCAAAGGAUCGUAGGCUUUUGUCAGGAUUAUAUCACACGGAGGCACUGUUUUCAUUAACAACCAUAUAUGUACCUAAUCAACUUUCAUCUACCGGUGCUCAUUUACGGCCAUACAGUAUAGUAGCAAGAAACCUGAAGAAGUCUGCCGAUUUUUCUAAAACUACAGAUUUUAUUUUUAAAGGAAGACAAGAUAUCUGUAAUUUAUUUAUGAAUCAGUUGCCUCAGACUGAACACGACCCAUACUCGUUUAGCGUUGACUUGGUAUAUAAAACGGAUAAAUGUGCGGUAAUUGUAGUGAUGGGUGUGUAUAAAGAAUUUCCUCUUACACUGCUAGAUAACGAAAGAACGCUUGGGUUUACCAGGUCGUUUGUGCUCGAGUUAUUUGAUGACCAAGGUAGAGCUGUGAUCACAAACGAACAAUUGCACGUAUAUAACGCGUUGAGCUAUCAGGAAAGGAACGCGUUCCAAGACCCGAGGGUCCAUACAGAAGUCCUCAUUCCGCAGGAAAGCGUUUUAAAAGCACAGAAUGAGGCCGAACGUGAAGAGCUUGUCUUCACAUUGGGGCAAAUUACAAAACUAAAAGUCGAUUGGUCUAGAAAAUGUUUAGAAGAAUGCAAUUAUGUCUUGAAAGAAGCUAUUGAACUCUUUGUAGAUCUGUACAAAGCAGAUAAGUUUCCUAAACAUGCAUUUGUAGAUUAAUAUUUUUUAUCGAAUAAUACUUUUUUCUCUCUUGUAUAUGUGUAUGUUGUAUGUUGUGAACGAUGAGAAGCUUGUGAAAAGGGAAAUAAAAUACUAAAGGUACUCCUAUUUAUAA